AUGACUAGUCCAAGAAAGACUCCGAAAACGUCUGAAACUUCAACCAAGAGAGCCGCUUCCUGCCAUCGCUCACUAUCCUCAGCUUCUGAAGACUCUGCGCCAAAGCCAAAACGAUCGAACACACGGAACGGUCAGAAAACUCAAAAGAGAUCCUCUCGUCGAGACCUCCCAUCCAACUCCGACUACCUCCCGCUUUCUUCUUCUGAGUCUUCUGAUGAUGAAGAACAGAAAAACAAUACAUCGAAUAUAUUGAGAAAACGAGGUAGAAAACCAGCGCCAAAAGUCGAGUUCACGGAAGAACAAAAAGAAUUCGCACAAAAAACGCUGAGAGAAUUUUAUGAAGAGAAAGGAUUCCCAUCUGCAGCGGAGAAGGAAGAGCUCGCAAAGCAACUCCACAUGACCAGAAAAAAUAUAGGUAAAUUUUUCUAUCGAAAGAAGAUCUCAGAAGAAGCGGGGAAAUGUUCGGAUAUCUCCGAAAAAGCGAGAGAACAUUUCAGAAAAAUAUUGGCGGUAAAACAGCACCCAACAACGGAGGAGAAACGGGAAUUAGCAGCAAAGUACAAUUUGAAUCUACCAAAAGUUUCACUCUGGUUCAAAACCAACAGAGAUAAAUUGAAACCGAAACCGGAACGUACUCCCGAGGAAGCUGAACGUUUGAGGAAAAGAAAAGCAGCGUUGGAAAGAGAAAGGCAGCGAAAAAAGAAACUUGAGUCUAACAAGCCACCACCGUUCGCGUUCAGUGAGGAACAGAAAAACUUUAUGAAAGCAAAAUACGAGGAGGUCAAGUAUCCAACAAGAGAUCAAUGCGACACCUGGGCAAGAGAAAUCAAGUUGACCGGAUUACAGGUGUAUAACUUUAUCCAAAAAGUAAGAACUUUGAACAGAGUUCCCGGAGCCAGAGAAGAGAGCGUUAAGAAGACUCGAGAAAGAAAAAAACAAGGAUUAAAAAAACAAUACUCUCUCAAGCCAAAGGGACACCCACCUCUAUCGGAAGAAGAAGCUGCUCCCAUCAUCAAGCAGUUUCUCGAGGAGAACCCGAACCACCGAGAGAUUGGAUAUGAUGGGUUGAUGAAUCAGAUAUACUGGCCCAAAUAUAAAAUAUUGAAUUUCAUUAAACCACCAAGACGGCUAAGUCAUAAAACGAGCAGGCUUUCUGCUGAAAACAAAGAAGAAUUGAAACGAGAAUUUGAAAUGAAUCAGUUUAUUCCGUUUGUGAGAGCUGAAGAGAUUGCCAGACCAAUGAACGUCGCAGAUCGAGCGGUUGUUCGUUGGGUGUACAAAAGACGGAUUCGUGUUUUGAAGAAGUACCUGGAUGAGAAAAAAGGCGUGGACAGUUUGCCCUCGACUAUGAAAUUAUUGGAGCUCCAAUAUUUGAAACAAUCAGUGAUAGAGACGAUGGAAACUGCAAACGAGUUGAAAGAAAAAACAGGACUGAGAACAUGUGUGGCAUUGGCUUACUUCCGAAUGAGAAGAAAAUUAGACAGAAUGAGAGGAAAAAGUGUGAUCGACGAAAAUGAUGUCCCAAUGCUGACAAGUGGCAAAAAACGUGGUGAGGCUAAAUCAUCUUCCACCAGAAAGCGCGCCCAGGAAAAUGAACAAUCACCUCAAGACGUCGAUCUGCCAAAUCAGGACAAUGAGAUGUCAAUAAAACCAGAAAUCGAUUCAGACGACGAUUCCUUUGAUUCGGACGAUUGGUCCGACUCGGAUGAUUGGUCCGACUCGGACGAUUCCUGGAACAACAUACCAGUUGUAAAAGAAGAAGUUGAGGAUGAGAGCACCGGAUUGCCCGUCCAGGAAGAGGAACCAUCACCUCGAGACUUUGACUUCGAUCUGCCAAAUCAGGGCAACGAUGUGGAAGGAGAAGAACACGUUGAACUUGACGACGGUCUCCCCAACGAGAACGAUAGUUUCUACGAGUCCGGCUGGUCCGACUCGGAACUUUCCUCAGACUCGGACGAUGAACAUUUUCUCCUACUCGGACAACCAAUUGUGAAACAAGAAGUUGAAGAUGCAGAGAAUAGACCUGUUGUGAAAGAAGAAGUUGACGAUGGCAGCUAUGCUGCUGCUACACUGAGAGAGCCGUAA